CUUUCAUCUUUCAGAUUCAGAGAGAGAAAAUGAAGAUGAAUCUUUAUUCUUCUGUUUCCUUAAUCUUAUUCACCUUUAUUGCUCUUCAAUGUCUACCUUUCACCAUUCAGCAAGCUACAGAAACAUGCAUUUCAGCUCUACCACUCAACGACCUCACCUUCAACACAAGCCUUCUUCAAUGUCUCGAAGCUUGGACUUCCGAGAACUACAUCCUCCGAUAUGCUAGAACCGUGGAGAACACAUGGAGCUUCAUCUUAUCGGCACCUGACUCCAACGCCUUCAUCGGGAUUGGAUUCUCCACCAACGGUCAAAUGAUCGGAUCCAGCGCAGUCGUGGGGUGGCUACCUCCGAACGGUGGACAAGGACAGGCGAAACAAUACUUUCUCGGAGGACAGUCUCCGAGCGAAGUGAUGCCUGAUCAAGGAGACCUAAUGAUCGUCAACGGUUCUUUAAAGAUCGAGUCAGUGUCGUCCCGUCUUUACAUGAGUUUUCAGUUGACGGUGGAGAUGCCACGAAAGAACAUUCUUUACGCUAAGGGACCUGUCGGAUUCUUCCCAUCUUCUCCGGGGAUUAGGUUGAGGGAGCACCAAUCUAUGACCACCACCACGAGCAUCAAUUAUGUUACAGGUUCGCAAAGUGUGGUUAAGGGUUCGCCACACUCUAUGCUAAGGAAGAUACAUGGGCUAAUGAACAUGUUUGGCUGGGGAAUAAUAAUCAUCAUCGGUGCCAUAGUGGCACGACAUAUGAGGCAAACCACCGCCUACUUUUAUGGUUACCUUUUGUACUAUUCUCACAUCCUUAUCCAAACCACCGGCUUUCUCCUAGGUUUAAUAGGCAUCAUUUGCGGUUUGUUUCUCGAAAAGCAAACCAACGCCAGUAAUGUUUCCACUCACAAAGCUCUUGGGAUAACAAUCCUCGUCAUGGGCGUUCUCCAGGUCCUAGCGUUGCGUGCUCGACCGGACAAAGAAUCGAAAUACAGGAAAUAUUGGAACUGGUAUCAUCACAACGUAGGAAGAGCUAUGAUAAUACUCACUAUUUCGAACAUCUUCUACGGUAUUCAUCUGGGUCAAGCUGGCACUUCGUGGAAUGUCGGUUACGGCUCUGCGGUUGGUGUCUUGGCUUUGGCUGCUAUUGGAUUUGAAGUUAGAAACUUCUUGAAAAACACAAAAUUUUUUGAUUUUCCAGCAUGAAUUUAUCUAUCAUCUAUAAAAGGAGAGUGUCUCAUGUAUUUAUUGAACAUUGAUUGACUCAACACUUGGAAUGA